CGCUGCCUAGUCCUCACCACCUAAAUAACCACACACACUACUGCAGCUCCCCCUAGCAGCCUGUUCUCUCCUUCUCCGUCGGGUCAGCAGGAGGGUGAGUCAACAGUGCGAGUCAGUGCGAGCGGGACUAGUGUAGGGAGAGGUUGGUUGUUGCGCUGCUCCGUUACUUGCUGACAGUCUGAACAUAGGAGUAAUUCACCCCCCCCGUGGAGAAAGAAAGAGACAUGCUGGUUGUAGACUCCAUACUUGGCUCUUGAUCCUCCUCCUCCUCCUCCUCCUCCUUGCUUUCUCACCACCACCACCACCAUUGCACACAUACACACACACCACAGAACCACAGUAUUCCUCUCACAGUUCUUAGCUCACUUAUAUGACAGCUCACUCUCCCCUUUUAUUGCCAAACUUCUGUUGUUUUGUAGUGUCUGACUUGCAGUAUAUAAGUCUGUUUUGCAUUCAUUAGGUUGUGCAAGUUUGAUUUGUUUUAAUUAUGUCACUGUUAUUCAUUCUCAUUUGUGUAUAAUUCCACUUGCAUCAUUAUUUCAGUUUUGUUUUCAUUAUAUUUGUUGUUGAAUUUUUUAUAAAGUUUGCAUAACUUGAUUUUAUCGUAUUAUCCUUAUCUUUAUCACUUUAUCAUUCUUUGAUUUUAGACAUACCUUUAACUUCAUAAAAUAUAUAUUUAUUCCUAAUUGUUUAUCACAUCUCAUACUUCCUUCCAAAGACUCAUCAACAUACAUACUUCUUCAUCACCAUUAUUCCCUAACCUCACACAAUAAUUCAUACUCAUGAUUUUUCCCCACAUAGUUUCAUAACCCUCAUUCUGUCCUUCACACAUAAAUUCUUCCUACUCACACCACAGAUAUCACCUCUCUCUUCACAUAUACACUCCAUCCUUCCUUUCCCUGCCCUUGUCUCCCUGUAAUUCUUUUCCAUCCUACACCUCCACUACAACCACCACCAGCAUGUCUAUAAUCUCACUACGCACCAAGCUUGGGUACGGGUUUGGCCAUGUGCUGAAUGACCUCUGCUCAGCCAUGUGGUUCACUUACCUCUUAGUCUACUUCCACCAUGUCCUGCUCUUUGACAAUGGUCUGGCUGGGGUGGUGCUGCUUAUCGGACAGGUUGCAGAUGCCCUCUCUACUCCUUUUGUUGGGCGGGAGGCAGACCGAACUGAUGACCUGCCAUUCUGCGUUCGCUAUGGCAGAAGAAAAACCUGGCAUCUAUUUGGUUCAGCAAUGGUGCUAUGUGCCUUCCCCUUCAUCUUCAUGGGAUGCCUUGGGUGUGCCAAUGCUCAUGACUGGGCACAGGUUGUGUAUUAUGCACCCUUUGUGGUGGUAUUCCAGUUUGGGUGGGCAGCCACACAGAUCAGCCAUCUGUCCCUCAUCCCCUCCAUCACCCAAGAUCCAAAUGACCGCACUGAACUCAAUGCCAUCAGGUACGGCUUCACAGUGAUGUCCAAUGUGACAGUAUAUGUGGUGACUUGGUUGGUGCUGGGCUUGGACACUUCCUCCAAGGGCCAGGAAGCUGGCAUAGGACCAGAAGAUGCUGCUAAGUUCAGGUACAUUGUUGCCAUUGUGUUGGUCAUUGGCAUGGUGUUUGUGGGACUAUUCCAUGGGUUGGUGAAGGAAAAAGGCAAUGACUACAAUACCUUAGCAACUCCUCAAGUGGAGAGCAAUGGAUCAGUAAGUGGGUCAGACAGUGCCAAUUCCACUCCACCACCACCCUCACCUGUGCCGUGCAACCAUUUCAGAAUGACAGCUACAGAUUGGCUUAAAAACACCCAGUUCUACCAGAUUGCAGUUCUGUACAUGGCAACCCGUCUCUUCUGCAACCUGUCACAAGCAUAUGUACCAAUUUACCUGCAAGAUUCCCUUCAUCUGCAGGAAGAGUCAGUAGCAUACAUACCGCUUGUCAUGUAUGUUUCUGGUUUUCUCACCACCACCGGCAUGCGAGCUCUUAAUAAGUACAUAGGACGGAAGGCCUCCUACAUGCUGGGGACAGUUGUGGGUGCUUCAGCAGCUGUGGGCCUGCGCUUUGGAGAGGGACCACUUUAUGUGAGCUACCUAUUGUAUGUGGUGGCAGCACUUCUGGGAGCAGGUGGUUCUGUCAUGCUGGUCACUUCACUCUCAAUCACCGCUGAUCUCAUAGGACCCAAUGUGGAAUCAGGGGCCUUUGUAUAUGGUUCCAUGAGUUUCACUGACAAACUAUCAAAUGGGAUUGCAGUGGUGCUGAUCCAAAACCUUAAUCCUUGCAUAAAUUGCUGCCCUGAAUGUUCCAACUAUUACCGAGACAUCCUGUUCUACUGUUGUGGUGGAGCAGCUGUGCUGGGACUCCUGGCUGCCAUAUCGCUCCUCCCAGCUAAGAUAGGAGACCGCAGGAAAGGUCAAGUCUCUGAGACCACCUCCAACCCCACCCCCAUCCCUCCAGGCAGCUGUGCCAGGGAUGGGUGUCCACCAGCAUGCCCCAGUAACCCCCCAACUGAUGCCAUCCUAGCAUUAGGGGGUAGCUGCAGUGGUGGUUGUGGUGGUAGUGAUAAUGGUGGUGAUGGUGAUAGUGGUGAUGGUGGUGGUGGUGGUGUUACUGCAACUGCUGCAACAACAGCUUCUACAAAGGAGACAGACCAACAGGGAACAGAAGAGUACUUGGCCAUUCCACAGGGCGUCAGGGUGCGGGUAACUUCUGCAUCUUCUGAGAGUGAUGGUGACAUUGUGUAGUGCCCGAGUGUGGCAGUAGGGAACAGAAGGUAGAAGAAUCCCUCAGCAAUAUUUUUUGCACUCAUCUCCUACACUUGUGUUAAGACAGGAAGGCAAUGAUGGCUCUUGUGAAAAAAAAAAAAAAGACUAUUUGAUGAUGAUGUGAAAAUAGUGACUGUUUAGUGGUUGAAGUGAAUGCAGUGAUAUGUAAUAGUUUAUUUGUACAAUGUUAUAAAAUGGCAGUGAUAUAUGCAUAGUAUUGAUUUGCUAUUUUUAGAGACAAAGAAUGACACAGUUGAUUUUAAGAGCACCCAUUUAUGCUGGCUACUUCUUAAAACUUAAAGGCCUCCCUGUGAUACUGAAAGGAGUAGUCCAUGUGGAGGCCACCUCUCCAUGCAGUGAACAAAAGGCAACAUCCAAAUCAUGUAACUUUUAAAACAAGGACAAAAGAUAGAGUGGUGCAGGGGAGAAAAAGGGAUUGGAUAUCUUGAGCAGAUGAUGAAAUGAAAGAACAGUAAAGUAAAAAAGGAACUAUAUGAUGGAUUAAUUAUGCUAACAACCACAUAUGCAUGUCAGAGUUGGGUGUAAAAUGAAAGAUAAGGAUCAAUGAUACAAACAGCUUAAGAUAAUUACUUGAGAAGUACCUAUAGUAUGUGAAGAAUGGAUGGUAAAAGCAUUGAAAGAAUGUAUGAAAUGUUUGGUAUAUUUAGUAAAAAUGAAAGAAUGAAAAAUAGAGAGCCUGAGGGAGUCAAAUUUAGCAUCCUUAGUUCCUCUGGCAACAUGAAAAGAAUAAUGAAGUGAGUGACUAUGAAAGUAUUACACAUGAUUAUAGUAGAAGCAUCGGGUGCAAGAAGACAACUUUCAUUGAGAUGUGAGGACAGCUGAAGUAUAUGAAAGACAGAUAAUAGGAGAAUGAGAUGAUCAGAACAUGCAAACACAGAUGUAGAUGGGAAUUCUUUAGCUAUGGCUAUCCUUAAAGGGAGAUACGUUUCCGAAUAGACUGAUAGUAAGAGAAAAGUAAUUAUCCUUAAAAAAAUUAUCUUAUUCAGUCUUCAGACAGUGAGUAUUUCUUCACAACUUUAAAAAGAUUAUCUCAUAAAUCUCCAGUGCUUAGAUCAGAUGCCACUCAAAAAGUCCAUGCAUAUUGGAGAAAGAGUACCAACAUAUCAAUAUGAAUAUUCCUGCCUGAAAUGACCAGAAAUGACAAUAAUAUAAUGUUUGUCAUCCCUCUGUGUACAAAAAUGGAGUCUUUCAUCCUUUCACUAGUGCUGUGCUGGACAUCCUUCUAUGUAUGUAUGUGUGUGGUAUAUAUAUAUAUAUAUAUAUAUAUAUAUAUAUAUAUAUAUAUAUAUAUAUAUAUAUAUAUAUAUAUAUAUAUAUAUAUAUAUAUAUAUAUAUAUAUAUAUAUAUAUACACACACAGUGGAACCUCGGUUCUUGAACUUAAUUCAUUCUUGAAUGCUGUUCAAAGUCUGAAAUAGGAAUCGAUGUAAAAUGGAUUAAUCCGUUCCCAGACACCAGUCUACCCUGUCUUAGCGGCUUAUGACAGACGUUCCCAUAGCCAAGAUGGCUGCUUCACAACAUCUCUAGCUCACAAAUUAUUUAUCUAGAAAGGAUGUAAUGAAUGAACAUAGUGACACAGAACUCAUCACAAGAUAUUGUUUAGACCAGUGGUUCCCAAACUUUUUUUUUUUUUUUCAUAUAUGAUCCUCAUCCAUGCCCUCCCCCCCUUUCCCCAAUCCACAUCUCAUGACUACAGUGACUGUCUCUAGUCCUACAUUUAUAAAGAUCCAUUAUGUAAAAAAAAACUCUGGCAAUA